UUUUAUUAUUGUUUCUUUAUUGGAGACUCAGUUGUUACACACUUUCUUUAAACAAUAAACGUCUUUAUAUGAAUUAGUCGUGAGCCAGAACACAGAAGUUUGACUGAACUCAGACCACUGGUGGUAUAUAACAAAGUACAUUUACUCAAGUAAAGUACAAGUACCUCAAAACUCUACUUGAGUAUUUCUAUUUCCUGCUACUUUCUUAUUCUCCUCAAAGGUAGAUGUUGUACUUGUUACUGCUCUAUGUUUAUCUGACAGCUUUGUUUACUUUACAGAUUAUUAAAACUAAUACAUGAUGAUGUAUUAUUAUAGAUUAACAGUCUUUUAAAUGAACACAUUAAUGCAUCAAUAUGUAUCAUUUAUUCUCAUACUUUUACACUAUUACUUAUGUAACAAUUUGAAUGCAUGACUUGUACCAUAGUAUUACUGCAUUGUAGUACUAGUACUGAAGUACAAACAUCCGAGUGCUUCUGUUCUUCCUUCAGGUGAAACAUCUGGAGGUGAGCUGCUCGUCGAUGGCUGAAGACAUCUGCAGGAAGAGCUCCAUCAUCGAGACCUACGUGAUGGACAGCCGCAUAGAUGUGUCGGGCAGUGCCGUCGGAGGUCACGGAGGCUCUCAGGGGGAGAGAGGAGGUCUGGGUUCAGUCCUCAGAGAUCUGGUGAAACCGGGAGACGAGAAUCUGAGAGAGAUGAACAAGAAGCUGCAGAACAUGUUGGAGGAGCAGCUGACCAAGAACAUGCACCUGCAGAAGGACCUGGAGGUUCUGUCCCAGGAAUUAGUCCGUCUCAGUAAAGAAAGCAGCUCUGGUGGCGGUGCAACUGGGUCGGGAUAAGGCUAACACCUGGAGCCAACAUUUCAUCCUUUUCCUAUUCCCUGCGACUAACUUCUGGAGCCUUUAUGAUUUCCCUCAUCUCAGUCCGCCUGCUGGGUUACGACUAAAUGCUGGAACCUGUUGAUUCUCAAUGAAGAGAAGAAACUAAGUUUUAAAGGUGUAGAAGAAGAAACUUGAGACCAGUAGGAAUGGAAAAGUUGGGCUCAACUCAUUUAUGUUGCUAUUGAAUGUACUGUAAUUAGACUGAACCACUCAGUUCCUCUGAGUCCUGGCUACAACCUGGAAAACAUACAUCGUAAUGGACUUCUGAUUUCUGUUGUAACCGGCUGUAAAUCUUUGUGUCUGGAGGUGAUUUCAGAAAACACCUUUAAGUCUCUGAUGUCUGUCUGUUGGGAUCUGGCUAUGUCCUGGAGCACACAUGCCUGCUAUCUGAAUGAAUGUUAUUUUAUUGUUUUCUUUGUGCAGUAACUCUGUUGUGAUCUGGCUAUUUCCUGGGCUCUUAAACCACGGGGUCUGUCUGUGACCUGGACCAACAGAGACGGUGUAACCGUGUAGCAAAGUCUCCUUAUUAAUUUCCCCGAGCUUUCAGCCACAUCUCAUGAGCUUCAGUUCUUAUCAGGUGUCACAUGACACGUUGCUGAAAGUCAGUGGAGCUUUUUUGUUGAGAAGUUUUUCUGUCGUUCCAAAAGUUCAGUCGUGUUUCUGAAGACGUUCGUUAGAAGUUAAACGGAAACGAGUGUUCAUUCACGUUUUGUUUUUGUCGAUUUAGUAAAAAAUUUGCGAAACUUUUCGGUAUAAACCUGGAAAGUGAGAACAGGAGACAUGAAUGUUAUUUUACUAGAGAAACAAAAAGCUUCACAUCCUUCAGCUUCUGUUCCAACAGAACUGAUCCGAGGUUUGAAACAUCUCUGAUGUUAAAAAACGAUGCAGCUACUCGUUGCUUUAAAGAAGAUACCAGAAUCAAGAACAAAGACUUGACCUCGCUACAUCGUUAACAAGCUAACGAGCUACAUCGAGCUCAUGUCAUCAGGGUGUUUGUGGGCCGUGGCUAUGUCAUGGAGUGCAAACACACGUACGGUUAUGAUGCUGAACUAUUCUGCAUCCCUUCUUUUGUUUAUAACUUUUCAAACACUCCUGCGUCUCCUCAAACUGUGACGGGGAUGUCAAAUGGUUCAGACUAUUUGCUGGAUAGGAACGACUGUCAUAGUCAUUAUCUCUAUAUUAUAUUCAGGGCUCAUUAUUUUGGGUUUUUUUAUCGGAAGAAAAUUUCUAAUUAUUUGAAAAUGAUUCACUGCUUUUAGAUUUAUUUUCUUCUUUUGGAGUAAUGAUUUAUUUUUACACCGUCGUGUGUUUGACGGUUCAUUUAGUUCAGCUUGGGAUGCAAAAUGGCUCAAAUAAUCCUAAAAUGGUGUCUUUUGUUUCUUUUCUUUUUUUUUCUAUAAUCCAGCUUUUGAUCUCUAGGGACGUGUCUAUGUCUUGGAUCACAUGAACUGUGAUUUGUGUUGCACUAUUGGAUUUUUUUUGUGACUUAUUUCCAUCCCACCAAAAUGGUGCAGAAAAAAACAAAACGAGUAAAACUGUCAUCUUUGAUCUUUGGAUGCUAUUGACUCAAAUUUUUUUUAUCUUGGGCUGUGUCUACUUCCUGCUUGAAACAUGUAUUUUUUGGACCGUCUUUAAAUCUGUUUGCUCAGAUUCGUUAAAAAAAAGAAAAAAUGAUGAAGUUUAAGUUUUUGACAGGAAGUGAAAGAUGAACACAUCCGUUGGAUAUCUUGUCGGCUACGUGGGCCCUGACUAUGUCCUGGACUGAACCUCUGGUCCCGGGCUCUGACUACAUCCUGGACAUGACGCUUGUAACUGCUUGUACAAUACUUUUUCUUCGUUUGAUGUUAAGACUUUAAAUGUCGUGAGAAGAACUCGACGUGUCGACGGUGCAGCUUUUGUCUUUUUUCUUUUUUCAACUUAAUGACAUCAUUACGUAUUUAAACAGGAAAUGUCAAAAAUAACAAGAAGCUCAUCUUAAAGACAAAUCGUCACAAAGUCGGUCGAGCUGCACUGAAAACAAAUUGCAGUCUUCUCUCGGGAUCAGUCUAUGUGCUGGACAGCGACUUUGCCCGUUGCUUUUGCUUUUGUUUGUAAUGUUUAAAUCUGUAUAUAUAUAUAUAUAUAUAUGUUCACGCUGUGAUAUGACUUCUAACUGUAUGAAGAAUCAACUGAUCUAUUUAUGAGACUGAUGAUGAUGAUCAUGACGCUAAUUAUUGUAACAUCAAAAUAUAAAGUAUUGUCUGGAGACGACGAUGACGACGUGUCUGCUUUUCUCUGCUCAUGCAAAAAUCAACGUUCAGCUGAGAUUCAAUAAAUGUUA